AUGCAACUAUUUGUGAAAACUCUCGAUGGGAAGACUCUAAUCUUCGAUGUUGACGCUUCCGAUACCGUUGAACAUGUCAAAUCGAAAAUUCAAAAUUUGGAGAAUACUCCCGUAGAGGAGCAACGCUUGAUUUGCGCUGGUGUACAGCUCCAAGAUGGAAACACUUUGGCUGAUUACAAGUUGGAGGAACAUUCGACUGUUCAUCUGUCGCUUAGGUUUACACUUUAUGUUUUUAAGUUGGGGAACUUAACUGUGGUUUCCGGGUAG